GAGAUUCAACCAACCUCAGUGUGCUUGUAGAGUUUAUGUUCAUUAAGUUGUUGUUCCUGAAUAAACUGCAGAUAUGGGCGUUUCUCAGAAAAUCAAAAGAUGUUUUUUAGCAGUGACUGGGCUGAACCGACGGAGGCGACGAUAUCUUAUUGUGGCCUACACAACCGCCAUAAUAACCGCCAUUUUCUACUUUCUUGUAUUUUCAGGCAAUUGGCUUCGUGACAAUGUUUGCCAAUCCGAAGAUUGCGUCGCAUUGGCGAAUCACAUCAAAGCCUUUGUCGAUGAAUCGGCCGAACCCUGCGAUGGUUUUCACAACUUUGUAUGCGGAAACUUCGUAGCCAGGCAAACCACAACCCCAAAACAGCAAAGUGUCUUCCAGAUGCUGAACGAGAAAAAAAACCGGGCAAUUCGCGACCUGGUUACUAAUGCCACUUUGACCAACGAAACCAAGAUAUACAAGAGUCUAGAGACGCAGCGACGGUUCUACCGACUGUGCACGGCGUUUCAGUCGCAACGGAUGAACUUAAAGGCCCACAAAGUAUUAGAGGCCGAUAUACAAGAGCUCUCUAAGCCUCCUUGGAGUCAACUUACCAGCGACCAUGUCUGGCUUGUGCCAAUGAUCAUGGCAAAACGACGGGGUGCAUUUCAUAACUUUUUUCUGAAUCUGGAAAUCCAGAAGAAAGCAGGGAGCGACCACCCUAUCUUCCACAUCGGACCCCCAUCAAUGGACUUGAUGAGAAUUAUGAAACCGUUGGAAAACACGCACAACGCUGAGAAAAUGAUAAGGAUUAUUAAUUUUUUUGGUAAAUCUAUAGAAAGUUUCCAGAACACGACACAGGACUUAUCUAAAAUUGUCAGGACGUUUCUACAAAUAGUGCCCAAAUUUCACGGUCGCCAAUCCGGCCAUAUGGUCCGAACAGAAUUCGAAAACCUUCAUGCAUAUAUGAGCCAAUACUACAUCAGAUUCGAUGUGGCGACGUUUAUAGAAGAAUUCAUCAAAUGGAAUGGUCUGUCUAGUGGCACCUUCAUACACGUAUCAGUGGACUUCACCGACGACAGUUAUUUCAGAUUUUUAGGAAAUUUAGUUCGAACAGUUCCUGAGAGUACUUGGAGGUUAUUCGCGGUGGCCACAAUUAUCCUGAAGGAAUGUCCAUAUUUGUCAGGUUGGCUGUGACGCGAUUGCAGCCAAAUACUGGCUCAAGCUAAGCCGGAGCCUGAGUAUCUGAAGCUUUCCGAAAAUCAAUUUUGCUUCAAAGAAUCGCAAUAUUAUUUUCCCAAGGUUGCUGAAGCAGCGUACAUUCGCAACAUGAUCACUGUGG